CUUUGUGUGUGUGUGUGUUUUUCUUUGUAUUUUUUCCUCAUGUUUUCUUUUAGCUUCUGAGUUUUGAGACACGCCCCCCUGAGUGAUGUGGCAUUUUGAUCCCACUGAAGACAUAAUAACUCUGGGUGCAAUUUAAUAUUGCAACAAGUUUUCAGCCUGUUUCCAAUUGUCAAACAUAGAGAAAAAAUGUUUCCAGUAAAGCACAUGAACUAAUGGAAUAGACCUCGGGGUUGUGGCUGGCUUUGGUCUAUACUGGAUUCAGCUGGUUGUUUUGUUACUGUUUAAUUCAUAUUUCUAUUACUGAGUGCUGUGAUGCACCACAGCCAGCAGCUUACAAGUGGGUUAAAUAAAUAAGGGAAAAGAUGAUAGCACCCUGAGAAAUUAGCAGAUCUGCACUUUGAGAAGGGGAUGACACUUUCUACCUACUGUACCUAGGCAGAGGACUUUUUACUUGCUCUCUCCCGCCUACUGGAGGAUGCCAUCAUUGUUCCUAUUUUGCUGACUGUGACCAACAGCAGUUCCCUGCCUCUCCAGCAGUUCCAGAUAACUGUUUUGAUAUAUUGCUGUAUGGACGGGAUUUGCACUGCCCUGCAGUCCGGCUGAUACAAAAAUGCCUUUAAGAUCCUGCCUUUCCCAUCCUAAUCUACAAAGGAAACAGGAAAAAGGAACUUAAACUCCCUGUACUCAGACAGCAAUGAGACUGUUCCAGCUUGCGCCAGUGCUACGAUUUCUUGCCUGUGAGUUGUAAACAGCGUACCAUGCAGGAGAAGAGUAACCGGUAACCGUCUACCUCGAGAAAAGGAUUCUCCAUGAGCAACUGUAAGAACUGGAUGGAUAUAUUUUGGAAAGCAUGGACCCUUUAGCACAUCUAGUUCUCUAUGGAUUCAGUCUGAUGAUUUCAGGUAAAGUGGAAGCAGCACUGGACCUCAUACUGAUCAAUUCGUUCCCUCUGGUGGGCAACUCCGAGACAUCACUUAUCUGUAUCACUUCCAAAUGGCGUUCUCGUGAGUCUAUCACAAUAGACCGAGACCAGGAGGAUGUGACAAACCAGCAUCGGGAACCAUUGGAAGUUAAUGAAGAUUCGAAGAGAGCAACAGCCAAAACAGUGGUGUGGAAGAGGGAACAGGCCAGUGAAACUAUUGGAGCAUAUUACUGUGAAGGGAAACUGAAGGAUGAGGUGACAAGAAUACAUACCAUGAAGAUGCCGCUGGGAGCCUCAUUCCACCCGGUGGCAUUAACUGUUACAGCGAAUAAGGGAGAACAUGUGAAUAUCUCCUUCAUCAGAAUGGCAGCAAAAGAGGAAGAUGCAGUGAUCUACAAAAAUGGUUCCUUCAUCCACUCUGUGCCCAGGCAUGAAGUGCCAGGGGAGCUGGAAGUCUCCUAUGCUCAAGUUCAGCCACAGGAUGCAGGGGUUUACUCUGCGAGAUAUAUAGGAGGAAACCUCUUUACUUCUGCUUACACAAGGCUUAUUGUAAGACGAUGUGAAGCUCAGAAAUGGGGCCCUUCCUGUAGUUCCCACUGCCCUUCCUGCAUGAACAAUGGCAUUUGUCAUGAAGAUACUGGGGAAUGCAUCUGUCCUCCAGGUUUUAUGGGAAAAACAUGUGAAAAAGCUUGUGGAGCCAAUACAUUUGGCAAAACAUGUGAAGAGAGCUGUAAAGAAAACUAUGGGUGCAGAAACUACAUGUUCUGCCUGCCAGAUCCAUAUGGCUGUUCCUGUGCCACAGGAUGGAUGGGACUGGAAUGUGAUAAAGAAUGUAAACCUGGUUUUUAUGGGUCAGACUGCAAACUCAAAUGUAAUUGUCACAACCGAGGGACGUGCGACAGAUUUAAAGGCUGCAUCUGCUCCCUUGGAUGGCAUGGUCUGCAAUGUGAAAAAGAAGGUUCAGAAGAUCUUUCACCUCAGAUAGAAAACUUACUAGAUCCUGUAGAACUCAAUUCUGGUGUCGAGUUCAAGCCUUUUUGUAUAGCAACUGGGAUGCCACUUCCUAAAUCUGAAGAAUUUAAACUUUUGAAGCAAGAUGGAACAGUCCUAAGGCCUGCCCUAACUGUUACCAGUAAUCGUUCUGAAGCCAUGUUUACAAUUAACCGAAUUCAGCCACGUGACACAGGAACCUGGGUCUGCAGUGUGCAGACAGUAGCGGGGAUGGCAGAGAAACCAUUUCAAGUUACAGUCAAAGUUCCUCCUGUGCCACAGUAUGCCCCAAGGCUGACAGACAGUGGACAUAAUUUUCUCAUAAUUGAUAUCAACGCUGAGCUCCACCUUGGAGACGGACCUGUUGUGUCAACAAAACUCCUGUACAAGCCAGCAAAACGUUAUCAGUCCUGGAUGUCUGUGGAAGUAAAAGGCACAACAAAAAGACUUGACAAUCUGGAACCAAAAACAGAAUACCAGUUCUGUGUUCAGCUGAGUCGGCAAGGGGAAGGUGGGGAAGGCCAUCCUGGACCACAGGCUAGCUUCACAACAGCUGCGCUUGGUCUUCCUCCACCAGAAGGUCUCACUCUCUUUCCAAAAAGUAUGACAUCACUGAAUUUGUCAUGGCAUCCUUUAACGCUGAGGACAGAGGAUGACAUUCGUGUGGAAGUGGAAAGGAAGAGUGUGAAUGACAAUGGUGAUGAGAGCAGCGUUAUUACUCAAGUGCCAGGAAAUAUGUCCACCCUGAUCAUUAAAGAUCUUGAGCCUAGACAGCAAUACAUGUGCAGGGUACGGGUGAACACGAGGUCCCAAGGAGAAUGGAGCAACUAUCUUUAUGCAUGGACGUUCAGUGACAGAAUCCCUCCUGCACCAUACAACAUCAGGUUUUCUAACACCACAGACACAUCCUCAGUCAUCUCUUGGACAACUGCUGAGGGUCAUUCCAUCUCCUCCAUCAUCAUCAGCUACAAAAUUUAUGGCAAGGCUGAGUACAACCACAUCGAUAUUAUCAUAAAGAACACCAGCAUUACUCAGUACCAUCUCAAGGGCCUUGAACCAAACACUGUGUACCAGGUUCAGAUUAAUGCUCAGAACAACAUUGGUUUGAGCAACCCAAACACAUCUUUUGAGCUGAAGACUCUUCCAGAAACUAAAGCUCCAUAUGAAUCAAAAGGAGGCAAAAUGCUGCUUAUUGCUAUCCUUGGCUCUGCAGGAAUGACCUGUGUAACAAUUCUCCUGGCCUUUCUCAUCAUGCUGCAGUUAAAGCGAGCCAACUUCCAGCGACGAAUGGCUCAGGCUUUCCAAAAUGUGGUGAGGGAAGAGCCAGCUGUACAGUUUAACUCAGGUACACUCACCCUGAGCAGGAAAGCCAAAAACAGCCCAGAUCCCACUAUUUAUCCAGUUCUUGAGUGGAAUGACAUAAAAUUUCAAGAUGUGAUUGGGGAAGGUAACUUUGGGCAAGUCCUGAAAGCACGCAUUAAGAAAGAUGGCUUACGCAUGGAUGCUGCGAUUAAAAGGAUGAAAGAGUAUGCCUCAAAAGAUGAUCACAGAGACUUUGCUGGAGAACUUGAAGUUCUUUGUAAACUUGGUCAUCAUCCCAACAUCAUAAAUCUUUUGGGAGCAUGUGAACAUCGUGGAUAUCUUUAUCUUGCUAUUGAAUAUGCCCCCCACGGAAAUUUACUGGACUUCCUUCGGAAAAGCCGAGUGCUAGAGACAGACCCAGCAUUUGCUAUUGCCAACAGUACUGCAUCUACACUUUCCUCUCAGCAACUUCUGCAUUUUGCAGCAGACGUUGCCAGAGGGAUGGACUACUUGAGCCAGAAACAGUUUAUUCAUAGAGAUUUGGCAGCAAGAAACAUCUUGGUUGGAGAAAAUUAUGUUGCAAAAAUAGCUGACUUCGGCUUAUCAAGAGGUCAAGAAGUUUAUGUUAAGAAGACCAUGGGGCGGCUUCCAGUGCGAUGGAUGGCAAUUGAAUCUUUGAAUUACAGUGUUUACACCACAAAUAGUGAUGUAUGGUCAUAUGGUGUCCUAUUAUGGGAAAUUGUUAGUUUAGGUGGAACGCCAUAUUGUGGAAUGACAUGUGCAGAACUCUACGAAAAACUGCCUCAAGGGUACAGACUGGAAAAGCCUCUCAACUGUGAUGAUGAAGUGUAUGACCUAAUGAGACAGUGCUGGAGAGAGAAACCGUAUGAAAGACCAUCAUUUGCUCAGAUACUGGUGUCACUGAACAGGAUGUUAGAAGAAAGGAAGACCUAUGUCAACACUACCUUAUAUGAGAAGUUUACUUAUGCAGGCAUUGAUUGCUCCGCUGAAGAAGCUGCUUAAGACAGAUGAAAUCUUCGUUCAUCAGUGAUGUAUUGAAGAAAACCAAAACACAGUCUGCUGGAGCCCAAAAUGUGAUGUGCUGUGUAGAACUGUGUAUAGCUCUAACUGUAUAUAAUACAGUAAUACUGUUUUACUACAGAUAUGUAUGUGUAUAUCACACAGUAACCUCUGCCUCCACAGGCUGUAGAAGUGUAUAUACUGUUCAGACUAGGAAUAGACUGAAGUCGUGAAAUCUGCUGUUCAUAUGCAGGGGUUUCAUUUUUCCUAGUCGUGUAGAUAUAGUGUAUACAUUCAUAUGAUAAUGCAUUAGGUAAUGCCAUCUUAGAUAUAUUAGAUCAUUUCUAAGAGCUACUGAUAGGAGAGUGGAAAAUGGGUAUAUUAUAGCAGUAUUUCAUAGACAUUUCACUGUGAUUCAAACAAAAAUGUUGCCAAUCCAUUAUGCUCACCGAGGAUAAUUAUUAAGACCCCUAUUUGUAUGCAAAAGUGAGCUAGCAGAAAUAAUAUGUUCAAAAAUUGUAUUGACACUUGUAAGAUAUAAGGCAUGCUAUUGCUUUUUCAUUGUCCAGUUCAACAGUCAGUGUUUGCCUAUAUGCAAAAUAUGCAUAUGUUUUGAAGUGUUUAAUGCUAUCAGAGGCAGCCAUACAGCAAUUAUCAAGUAGUAUAGGACUGAGGAACAUACUACAUACUGUAAAAUAAGUUUUUACAAUUAGCCUGGAUAUACAUGAGGCUCACUGAACUUGUAUUUCAUUUAAUAAUUUCACUGCAUAAUUAUAAAUUACUACCUAUUAUAUACAAGCAAGGUUUACUUACUUUUGCUUAUUUUAUCCCUUAUGCAGUUGGUAGUGUGGUAUGGCCUCCUAAAAUUACUGUACUGAAAUGCUUCAAAACAAUGAUAUUUGGCCUGCCAGAAAGAUCUUCUAGUCCUUAGGUUAGACAGAGGCAGGAUUAGCCUGAGCUUCUGGUAUCAACUCAACCAUGUGGGACCCUGUGGACUGACCCUAUUCAAAAUUCACAUAUUAGGCAACCUCAUGCUUUGCAGAUAUGUUCCCCUCAUACCCCUAUGACUCACCAGCUCGCAACUGACCUUCACACCACAGCACCUUUCUAACUGGGCAGGUGAGAUCACCCACCCCAGACCUGGAGGAAGAUACUAGAGAGAAAGAGGAAAAAGUUUCCCCUUCUGAUACUUUAUGGCUGGGGUACUCAGCUGGUUGGUUACAAGGCAAGGAUAUCACACCAGAAUAUAGAACAACAUUACUGGCACACGCCAGGCCGACUCAAACAGGAGAAGCACCAAGAACAAAAAGGGAUUGAAUCAACAAGCAAGGGUGCUGAGAUCACUUGUGUGGUCUUGAGAUAGCCAGAAAUUGCACUGUAAGUACAAGUGCUACAGUCUGAAUUUACAAAGAGCGCACAGAUUCAUUGAACCAAGGAACAACUCCAAAAUUGAAAAGAAAACCAAAUUCCACUAUAUUUUUCAUAAAAGUCUGCUUGAUGAGGCACUUUUGAAGCAUGGGCAUUGCAUUUUGCAGUCCAUACAGGUUCCUAUAUGUUAGUGAGGCGAACUGGAGAGAAACAGACCUCCAUGGGUGUAUUCUAGGCUGCCAGGCAAAGCUAGAUAACUUCUGCUGAAACUGCUCCACUUCCUGUACGGAUUUUUUCAUGGGUCCAAAACAGCUCAUUGUCUCACACAUCUCUAACAAGCAGACUCAACUAACUAUUCUGCUACUUGAUGUGAACCCUUGUUUCUCUGGCAAACUUUUACUUGGGCCAAAAUGCCACAUAAGGAAAGAAUUAGGCAUUCAUCAACCCAAUCAGUCGUUAUACUGUCUGCAUUUUAAGUGCUCAGGUCUCACUAGAAAUUUAGCUGAAGAGCAUUUAAGUGUCUUUAUAAAUGUUCUUCAUAUCUUCAUUUAACACUGUGGUAUGCAUAAGCUUUCUAAUCUGCUGUAAUUAAAUUUAUUUUUUUUACUUGUCAUUUAAAAAAAUAUACAAACGAAAACUGUAACUCCAAUACAUAGCUUGAGAUGUCUCUGUUGUCUCUACAUCACACAACUACAGCUAUUAAAACCACCCACUGUUUCUGCCAGAGUCUCAGAUAGACAGAUUACUUCUGUACUCACAACAUGCACUGGGUAUCCCAGGUUAAAUAGCUAGAAUUUACUGUCUGUUCUACAGUGUUGGAA